UCAAUCCAUGCGCAGCCACGAUGGCACCGUCCGCCUUCAAAAGCUCCACUCUUCGUUUCUAGUCACAGUUUACUGGGAUUACUUUGGACACUUGGUGAGUUUGCGCCCUGCUGUAAACACUGACGUGUGCAGUUUUUCCUCCCCUUCUUCUUCUUCUUGUCAUUGUUUUGCUUCGCUGCUUUGGACGGACGGAGUGCGGUUUUUUGCUGUGUUUUGCUGCGUUCUCCUCCUCCUCUCCAACUUCGGGUGGAUUUGAGAGAAAUGAGUGAGAGGAGGCGAUCGGCCGCAGCUCUGAGCUCUAGAGCCCACGCUUUUUCCGUGGAAGCCCUGAUCGGCUCCAACAAGAAGAGGAAGCUCCGGGGCUGGGAGGAGAAGGAGCUGGAGUUGUCCAUGGAGAGCCUCGCCACGGACGGAGAGGAUCCGGCGCACUGUCUGGAUAUGGACCCGGACUCAGAGGCGAGUCCCGGUUCGGAUGGAGAGGGUCUGGCCGAGAGGACGUCGUGCUCCUUCGGCUCACCUGCCGACCUGGCCCCGGGCACCUGCGACGCCUCUCCCUCUGCGUCCAUGGAGGAGAUCCAGGUGGAGCUGCAGUGCGCGGACCUCUGGAAGCGCUUCCACGACAUCGGCACAGAGAUGAUCAUCACCAAGGCUGGCAGGAGGAUGUUUCCGGCCAUGAGGGUAAAGAUUGCUGGCCUGGACCCCCAUCAGCAGUAUUACAUCGCUAUGGACAUCGUGCCUGUGGACAACAAGAGAUACAGGUACGUUUAUCACAGCUCCAAGUGGAUGGUAGCAGGAAACGCUGACUCCCCGGUGCCUCCACGGGUUUACAUCCAUCCAGACUCCCUGGCUUCCGGAGACACCUGGAUGAGGCAGGUGGUCAGCUUUGACAAGCUGAAACUCACCAACAACGAGCUGGACGACCAGGGACACAUCAUCCUCCACUCCAUGCACAAGUAUCAGCCUCGUGUUCACAUCAUCAGGAAGGACUUCAGCAGCGAGCUGUCUGCCAACAAGCCGGUGCCGAGCGGCGAGGGAGUUAAAACCUUCAGCUUCUCUGAGACCGUCUUUACAACCGUCACCGCCUACCAGAACCAGCAGAUCACCAGACUAAAGAUUGAUCGCAACCCCUUUGCCAAAGGAUUCCGGGACUCAGGCCGAAACAGAACUGGCCUGGAAGCGAUCAUGGAGACGUACGCUUUCUGGAGACCUCCUGUGAGGACCCUCACAUUUGAAGACUUCACCAAUAUGCAGAAACAGCAAGGUGGCAGCACAGGGACGUCCCCCACCACCUCCAGCACGGGAACACCUUCUCCGUCCAGCGCAGCACACCUCCUGUCCCCCUCCUGCUCCCCGCCAGCCUUCCACCUGGCCCCGAAUACCUUCAACGUCGGCUGCAGAGAAAGUCAGCUUUGCAACUUGGGCUUAUCGGAGUACCCGGCCUGUGCUCGCAGCAACAUGGCGGCUCUGCAAGGAUACAGCGGCCUGGCCGACAGUUCUUACGGCCGUCUCCAGGCUGCGGGGGGAGCUGUGGCUUCGGCCCAACCAUCUGAAUCCUUCUUGCCACAGAGGACUUCCUCCCUGAUUGCUGCAGGCAUGCAGGGGAGCGCUCACGGCUCCUUGACUGGCGGCGGAGGCGGCAGCGGCACCGGAGGCAAGAUGGACGCCUACGGCGGUCAGCUGGGCUCCUUCCCGGCCUCUCAGCUCCAGUAUGUGAUGCAGGCCGGCGGAGGCUCCGGUUCUGCCUCAUCCUCUUCAUCGGGGUCCUCUCCUUCCUCUGCUCACAUGUUCAGCGGCAGCCACCACCACGUGCAGCAGGGAUCCUACAACGCUUUCUCCCUCCACAAUCCCUACAACCUAUACGGAUACAACUUCCCCACCUCUCCCCGCCUGGCUGCCAGCCCGGAGAAGCCCCAGGGAGGGCUGCUCUGCUCCUCCGCUCCUGCCGGCGCCUUCGCCGAGCGCCAGUACCUGCCCAACGGAAGCAUGGACACUAUGCACAUGAUCGGCAACUCCGCGAGCGGCCAGCAGGGCGGCAGCUCCUGCGACGGACGUCAGUAUGGCUCUUCUUCUCAGAUGUCCAUGCACAUGGUGUAAAAAAACUGAGAUGCACCUUUAACCUUCCUCAUGUUGCUGAAAUGAUUUCAGGUGAAAAGAAAAGCUGCGGUCUGUGAGUGUUGAUGCUGCGGUUUAACGUUUUUAUUUUUUUUUACAUUGCCAGAGUUAACCUUUCAGAAACCCCCUACCACUCAAAAAGCAAUACAAUCUAUUUAAGUCUUUUUAUAAUGAUAAAGUAAAACAUUAUGACAGCAGCUCAGUGUUUUUACUGUUAGAAGGCAAAUUUGGAUUAGUGUACGGAGGAGAAAAGGGACUCCAGGUGCUCUGGUCCAAAAGAGAAGUUUAUAUGUUGUGGUGCAAUAAUAGAAACAGCUCCUUCGACUGGCUCAUCGUUGGUUUUUAGGAAAUCCAAGGCCAUCAGUCCGUGCUGCCAUCCUGCAACCAAAGAAUCCCUAGUGUCAUCCAGAGUUUUUUCUCUUCAACCAGCACUUGUGCCAUUUUUGGUUGAGGAAUGUCGAAAGGGUCAGUGGCACUCUGUCAUUGUCCGAGGUUCUGGACAGAAUGAAAGGGACAACUGGACAAUAUCCACGUCUGUGUAGAGGGUAAAGAACCUGGAUGCAGUGGAGGCUGCUUAUUGGAGGAAAACAGAGCCAGCUCUUUUCCCUGUAUAGUAAAUGUGAGAUAAGGACUCCACAAUGCAACUUCAUCCGGCUGUUUUCCCUUACAAACUGGAAUUUUUCACAACGUUUGCAGGAUGUAUGUGAUAUAUAUGCAUAAAGUGAAAAGGUGUUUGCCUUCUUGCUAUUUUUUUACUGCUUUUGC